AUGUCUCCAAACAAGUUUAUAAUCAUUAUACCCGACCAAGAUCACGUACCAAGUUCCUCUCUUCCUCCUUUCUCUCUAUCUGGUUUUAAUAUUUCUGUCUCACUGUUUGAUCGCUUACUAUCUGUUGAUGUAUCUUUUUUAUUUCUCUUCCCGCCUUUGUUUAUCUUUAUGUAUCUCUCUGUUUCUAUCUCUCUUCCCUCCUCUGUCUUUAUCUCUGUUUCUAUCUCUCUUCCCUCCUCUGUCUUUAUCUCUGUUUCUAUCUCUAUUCUCUUCUCUUUAUCUCUGUUUCUAUCUCUCUUCCCUCCUCUGUCUUUAUCUCUGUUUCUAUCUCUCUUCCCUCCUCUGUCUUUAUCUCUGUUUCUAUCUCUCUUCACUUCUCCCUCUGUUUCUGUCUCUCUUCCCUCCUCUGUCUUUAUCUCUGUUUCUAUCUCUCUUCUCUUCUCCGUCUUUAUCUCUGUUUCUAUCUCUCUUCCCUCCUCUGUCUUUAUCUCUGUUUCUAUCUCUCUUCCCUCCUCUGUCUUUAUCUCUGUUUCUAUCUCUCUUCCCUCCUCUGUCUUUAUCUCUGUUUCUAUCUCUCUUCUCUUCUCCGUCUUUAUCUCUGUUUCUAUCUCUCUUCCCUCCUCUGUCUUUAUCUCUGUUUCUAUCUCUCUUCCCUCCUCUGUCUUUAUCUCUGUUUCUAUCUCUCUUCCCUCCUCUGUCUUUAUCUCUGUUUCUAUCUCUCUUCCCUCCUCUGUCUUUUAUCUCUGUUUCUAUCUCUUCCCUCCUCUGUCUUUAUCUCUGUUUCUAUCUCUCUUCUCUUCUCCGUCUUUAUCUCUGUUUCUAUCUCUCUUCCCUCCUCUGUCUUUAGCUCUGUUUCUGUCUCUCUUCCCUCCUCUGUCUUUAUCUCUGUUUCUAUCUCUCUUACCUCCUCUGUCUUUAUCUCUAUUUCUAUCUCUCUUCCCUCCUCUGUCUUUAUCUCUAUUUCUAUCUCUCUUCCCUCCUCUGUCUUUAUCGCAGUUUCUAUCUCACUUCUCUUCUCCGUCUUUAUCUCUGUUUCUAUCUCUCUUCCCUCCUCUGUCUUUAUCUCUGUUUCUAUCUAUCUUCUCUUCUCUGUCUUUAUCUCUGUUUCUAUCUCUCUUCUCUUCUCUGUCUUUAUCUCUGUUUCUAUCUCGCUUCCCUCCUCUGUCUUUAUCUCUGUUUCUAUCUCCCUUCCCUCCUCUGUCUCUCUUUAUUAAUCUAUCUUCCCUCAUCUGCCUCUCUUUAUUUAUCUCUAUUCCUUCCUCUGUCUCUCUCUAUUUAUCUCUCUUCCUUCCUCUGUCUCUCUUUAUUUAUCUUGCUGUUUAUAUCUCUCUUCCCUCCUCCGUCUCUCUUUAUUUAUCUCUCUGUUUCUAUCUCUCUUCCCUCCUCCGUCUCUCUUUAUUUAUCUCUCUUUCUAUCUCUCUGUCCUCCCUCUUUCUUUAUUUAUCUCUGUUUCUAUCUCUCUUCCCUCCUCCGUCUCUCUUUAUUUAUCUCUCUGUUUCUAUCUCUCUUCCCUCCUCCGUCUCUCUUUAUUUAUCUCUCUAUUUCUAUCUCUCUUCCCUCCUCCGUCUCUCUUUAUUUAUCUCUCUGUUUCUAUCUCUCUUCCCUCCCCCGUCUCUUUAUCUAUCUCUCUGUUUCUAUCUCUCCUCCCUCCUCCGUCUCUCUUUAUUUAUCUCUCUCGCCCUCCUCUGUCUCUCUUUAUUUAUCUUGCUGUUUCUAUCUCUGUCUCUCUUUAUUUAUCUCUCUGUUUCUAUCUCUCUUCCCUCCUCCGUCUCUCUUUAUUUAUCGCUCUUUUUCUAUCUCUCUUCCCUCUUCUGUCUCUCUUUAUUUAUCUCUCUGUUUCUAUCUCUCUCCCUUUCUCUGUAUAAGAUUUUGACAAACCAAACACAUGAUAAUUCACUUUACAGUCUUUCUCUCUUCUCUUCAAACUUGACUGCCGAAAGCGUUUGUCCCUUUUUCAUUGUCAUCAGUUUUAUGUCUCCCUUUCAAAUUCAUCUUGAUAUAUUCGCCAUCUUAAAUAUGUCCGAAUUCAUUUACUGCAGUGAUGUUAAGGCCCCAAUUAAGCACAGAGUGAAUCGAGCACUUUCUCUCUCUCUCUCUCUCUCUCUCUCUCUCUCUCUCUCUCUCUCCUUCUUCCUCUUCACUAUCUCUCUUUUUCUUUCUCUAAAAUGA